AUGGCAAAGGUGAAAGAUAAGUUGUGCGUCUGGUUGCAUGGGUGGAUCGUCCCUGGACCAUACCCUGGGGCAGGACCGGCACGGGGCGGGGCGGGACAGCACUGCUCCGGGGGCGCAGAGGUAAAGUUCUCUCCUCAGCUCAGAGCGCUCCAGUCCGCGGCCGCUGUUCCUUCCCCUUGUCACCGCUCCAGAUCCUCCUGCAUCAUGUUUUUGGCCAAGGGAAUCCUGGGAGGCCUCGUCAAAAUUAUAAGUAACAUCGACCCUGCAGACUUCGUUCCUUCAGACCCUCCCCCUCCCCGCAGACCACUGAACGCUGAGAGCCACGAGAAUGAAGAGGAGAAGAGGUUCAGGAGGACCUUCGAAAAGCUCGCUGGAGAUGACAUGGAGAUCUGCCCCAUGGAGCUGAAGAACAUCCUGGACGACGUCUGCAGAAAGAGUGGAGUGGCGAUCGGCGAGGGCGGCUUCAGUAUCGAGACGUGUCGCAGCAUGGUGGCUGUCAUGGACGUAUCCUUCACACAAAACCCUCUCUCAGUCGUCUCCGGAGCGCCGCAGCCCGAGCGGCCUGAGGUGGGGUUGCAGCUCACAUUCCAGGCAUUGUCAGGCGGGGCAGCUGUGACUCACAGGGCAGAGCUGUUGGACCGGCCCGUCCCGUCUGGGGCCGGUCCACGCACCACAGAGGCACUCACCGCACACGCCCACACGCUCCGUCUGCGUCUCCAUGAACCAUGUUACUGCUGUAGUAUCGUGUAG